UGCUGUUGCAUGCAGUCGUCUGUAGGCGUGGCGGCGGCCACAGAGCCAGCGGAGGAAGUGCCGCAGCAGCAGCGCAGAAGAAGCGGGGGCAAGCGUGUGGCCUGCGAGGAGCUGGCCUACAACAGGAUGGGUGACAUUUGGGUCCAGUGCUUCGCGUGCUGCGUCACUGAGCAGCCUGCUCCGAAACGGCGGCGGCGAAUCGACCGCACCAUGAUUGGAAACCCAACAAACUUCCAGCACACGGCUCAUGUUGGCUCUGGGGACAUGAAUGUUCAUCUCAACGCACUCCAGAACCAGAUGGCCUCUAAGGGUGGCUACGAGUACGCUCUUCCAGUGAAUGUGUCAAUCCCUGUGGUGGACGUUCAGCAGUGACCGCGUGUGCGAGGGGGGCCCGUUGCAAUCUCCUCAGCUCGAGACAUGGGGUGUGUGUUGCCCCUGUGGUGUGAUGGCGGCAGACUUGCCGAACGGCGGCCACUUGUGAUGAUGCCAGAUGGACCAAAGGCCUCGCGCUCCCCUCCUUGAAACCUCACCCCUCCACCCCCUCUUUUCUUCUAACCGUAGCAACCUGUACAAGUGUGGUUAGCAGCACUGAGCAGUGACUGAGCCGUGCAUAUUUUCUAUUAAUUUUUUUUUAAUGAGGAGCACUGGCGCAGAGACAUUAUGAUUUGCUCGUGCACGGUUUGUGCAUCCCAGCCACAUGAAGCUGGAGUGAAGUGUGCCCCCCCCCCCCCCCCCCCCUAGCUAAGGGACAAAAGAAGAAAAAAAUUCUUUACUGUAAGGAGACUCAACGGCAGAACUCUUCCCAAGCCGUUCAUUUUUUUCUAUUAUAACUGUCUAUUCAGUGCAGCAACUAUUUAGGACGCUGUCACAACACAGGUUGUUUAGACGAGCACAUUGUGUACAUAGAAGCAGGUCAUGUUGAAGGAGUCCUUUUUACACCCUCACCUGCCACCCCCUCGCUUUCCCACCUUGUAGUGUGUGUUUGUGUUGUGGACGUAGCCAGAGCCAGGUGUGGCUGCAGUGUGCGUAUCUUUAAAAGAAAUGUGUUUAGAGAGACAUACCGAAAGAGUUUGUAACGACUGUUAGACUGGUAGUAUUUAAUAACGGCAAGAAGGCACCAUUUACGUGUAGAGAGGAAUAAAGAUCUUUUAUCAAAGUGGAAGAAAAUGGACAAGCACUGCCAAUGUGCAAGACAUGAAUAAAAAAAAAUGUUUAUCUA